AUGCCAUAUGAAGAAUUGUGUCUUAUUUUCUUUUCCGUUUGGGGUACUGAUUGGGGUACUGAUUGGGGUACUGAUUGGGAUACUGAUUGGGAUACUGAUUGGGAUACUGAUUGGGAUACUGAUUGGGAUACUGAUUGGGAUACUGAUUGGGGUACUGAUUGGGGUACUGAUUGGGAUACUGAUUGGGGUACUGAUUGGGGUACUGAUUGGGAUACUGAUUGGGAUACUGAUUGGGAUACUGAUUGGGAUACUGAUUGGGAUGCUGAUUUGGAUACUGAUUGGGAUACUGAUUGGGGUACUGAUUGGGAUACUGAUUGGGAUACUGAUUGGGAUACUGAUUGGGAUACUGAUUGGGAUACUGAUUGGGGUACUGAUUGGGAUACUGAUUGGGGGUACUGA